AGGCUGGCAGCAGGCUGGAGGAGCGGCAGAGCGGCGAGGGGCGUCCUGACAGCAGCAGGAGGAGGAGGAGAACCUGUUCACUGACUUCACACCAGUUUGGCUCCGCUCCUGUCCUCUGCGACCCGUGAGCGACACCGGCUCCAAACUCGGACACAAACUUGAUUGAAAAAGUUCGAUUGUUGUCUGGAGGAGCGAGGAGGGGGGGGGACAAACCAUCGGCAUCUGAGCGGGAAGAAGUUGCGAUGUCUGGAUCGUACUGCAAAAGUUUGUACCCGUUCAGCGGGGAGCAGCACCAGCAGGGACUGAGCUUCGAGACCGGGGACAUUAUUAAAGUGGUCCAGGCUCUGCCCGGAGGCUGGUGGGAGGGAGAGAGGGAUGGAGCCAGAGGAUGGUUCCCCUCAAGUUAUGUCCAGGUCCUGGAGAGGACAGCAUCUCUGGGUCAGCUCCCUGUUGAUGACAUCAGAGACCCUCUGCCUCCUCAGUGGAGAUGCUACAUGUCUCCACAAGGGCGGCGAUACUACGUCAACACCACAAACAAUGAGACGACAUGGGAGAGACCGUCCAGUACACCUGGGACCCCUAAGAUGUCCCUCCGACACAAGAACUCCCUGCCAGCAGUGAACGGAUUUCACUCAAGUGGUAGUCCCUUGCAUCAUGUGGAGCAUUCACACAACAGUCUGGUUAGGAAGAGCAGUACAGAGCCACAGCAGAGCCCGGGAUCAACGUCACCCACCAGGAAACAGAACAAGGAGACCACGGUCACGAUUAACUGUGUGACGUUCCCGUCUCUUGCAUGCAUGCCGGAGCAACAGCUGCUGAAGCCAAACGAAUGGAGCUACUGUGACUACUUCUGGACUGAUAAGAAGGAUCCCCAGGGCAACGGCUGCAUCACAGGAUUUGAGGUUUUGCUGCAGAAACAGCUGAAGGGGAAACAGAUGCAGAAAGAGAUGGCCGAGUUCAUCCGAGAGAGGAUAAAGAUAGAAGAGGAGUACGCCAAGAAUCUCUCCAAGCUCUCCCAGAUCCCUCUAGCAAGCCAGGAAGAAGGGACUCUGGGGGAGGCUUGGGCCCAGCUGAAGAAGAGCCUGGCAGACGAAGCUGAGGUUCACCUAAAGUUCUCCUCAAAGCUCCAGAGUGAAGUGGAGAAGCCUUUUCUGACCUUCAGGGAGAACUUUAAGAAGGACAUGAAGAGGUUCGACCAUCACAUCGCCGACCUACGGAAGCAGCUGGUUGGUCGCUAUGCAGCGGUGGAGAAGGCUCGUAAAGCUCUGGCCGACAGACAGAAAGAGCUGGAGUUGAAGACUCAGCAGCUGGAGAUCAAACUCAGCAACAAGAUUGAGGAAGACAUCAAGAAGGCCCGCAGGAAAUCUACACAAGCAGGAGACGAUCUGAUGCGCUGUGUGGACCUUUAUAACCAGUCUCAGUCCAAAUGGUUUGAGGAGAUGGUCACCACAAGUCUGGAACUGGAGCGGCUGGAGCUGGAGCGGGUGGAGAUGAUCAGACAGCAUCUGUGUCAGUACACCACCCUUCGGCACGAGACGGACAUGUUCAACCAAAGUACGAUGGAGCCGGUGGACCAGCUCCUGCAGUGCGUGGACCCGGCCAAAGACAGAGAGCUGUGGGUGCGGGAGAACAAGACUGGAGAGAUCAGGCCAGUGGACAUAGAGAUCUGAUCUCAGUGCUGUCCGACCGCUCUGCAUAUGCACACUUUUACACUCAGACGCUGACUCAGAGGCUCCACGCCUGAGGACUGACUGGGAGAUGAAAUCUGUGCUGGGAUCUUCACUCCCCCCCGAUCCACUUGUGACUCACACAGACUGAUCAGUCAGCACUCGCUGGCUCUUCACAUCCCAACAGCAGCCUACUGAGGAUGAUUUCAGCAUUUGGGGAGUUUUGUGUGAAGCCUAAGCGACGAAUAAAGAUGUCAGAUAGUGACAGGUCGUAGUUUUCUGUUAUGCAAGCUGUUGCCGAGCUGAGGUGGCACAGGAAGAUGGAAGCUGUGAGUGUGAAUUAUGAAGCGAAUGAUCAAGAAGCACCAACUACGAACAUUUCACACGUGUAAAUGUUGAAUAGCUUUAUGUGAUGCAGCAGUGUAUUGCUGCUCUGUGUAUGUGCUUUUGCUCUGUGAGGUAAUUCUCUGACUCACCUGUGUGCUGAUACACACGUGACUUCAGAACUUAAAGUUGUUGGCAAAAAUGAUGUAACAGAUGCUGCUAAGCAAGAUGCAUUCUGACCUAAGAGUGUUAUAUUACAGUGUACCAGAAAGUAUUUUAAUACUAAUAUCCAUCAUCUGCAGCUAUUGACGGUUUGCUGAACCCCACCCACAUUUGUUACUGUUGCUACACUCUUCAAACAGUUUACAAAAACAACAAAAACAGCUUCUAAUUUCUGGAUUUUGUUGGCUUAAUUGAUGACUGUCGCUGGCAGACUUUAUUGGCUGUAAUUAGCUAGAGUACAAUAAUGCUAAUGCUAAAAGUCUUAAUGAACCAGUGUGUAAGGUUUAGUGGCAUCUUGCAAAGUUGCAGAUUGCACGUACUGAAUACUGCUCGCCUUUUCAAGUGUAUAGGGGAAACUGCAGGGGCAGUGAGACAGUGCAAAGGCCCUAUCUAGAGCCAGUUUGGUUUGUCUGUUGUAGGCUACUGUAGAAACAUGAUAGUUCAGCAUAGUAGAACAGGACCCACUCCCUCUGUAGAUAAACAGUUCAUUGUAAGGUAACAGAAACACUUCUUAUUUUCAUACACUGAAAACAUACCUAUAGAUAUUAUAUUCCAUUUCUGCCAGUAGAGCCUGCUAAAUGUUACACACUGGACCUUUACAUAUGCACAUAAUGACUACAUACAUUAUGUUAAAAGAGGCUGAAGCUGACAGGUCUUGAAAAAAGACACCACCUUCCAAACUAUUUAAAUAUCUCUCUUAUUAGAGCCCCCAAAACACAUGUCCAAACACAUGUACACAUGUACAAAUCCAAAGCUUUACAAGCUACGGUUGCUAAGCUAUGAUUGUCACAUAUACUGUCCGGGGUCGGGGUCUAGCUGAAGAUCAAUUCCUGGGGACGUAAAUCACAAAUCUUCACAUCUCUGAAAAAUAUCUGGAAUCUAAAACUGGAGAACACUCACUUAUUCCCGCCUGUGUUUUACUUCAUUCCUAAUAAGAAUUAAAAAUCAGCCAAUUGCACUUUAUACCCAAAUGAUUUUUAAUAAAUAAACUGUAAGUUGCUGUUCCUAUGAAAGUUAAGAGAACUUAAUUGUUACACAUUGUAUUACUGAAGUUGGGAGUGUUGUGGUGAUGUUCACAGGGAGCCUGGUGUAAAUAUGUGGGAUGUGUAAUUUGCAAUGAAAGGAAGCAGUUGAGUGAAGGAUGUAAAAUACAGUAAAUAGUAGAAUCUUACUCAGACAUAUGAUAUCAAGAAAUUUGGUACUGAUAAUAUAUGAUACGUGCAAAGUGUUUUAUAUGCAAUAGAAAUAACAGUCCUCUGAAAUAUUCUACAGUUUUGGAAAUAAGUCAGUUGCUUCAGUUGGAUUCAGCCUGCAGAAGCUAAAUGUUGUACAAAACGCUCUUUUACCACCGUGUCUUGUCCAGGAUUACUGCUUAGUAUUACUUGACUAUUGAAAGAAGAGGAUUGAGAUGCUUUUGUACAUUAACAGCUAAAGGUUGGCAAUUUUCAUUAAUAAAAUGAAAAUGUGUAUCUUAUGUCAUAA